AUGGCUCACGGAGACUACUACGCUUCGGGCGAUUUGGACGUGCACCAGGACCCGAACAGAUCCGAGUCCACCAUCUGCCUGCCCUCGCCGUCUGCCAACAAGCGUGCCUCGACCUACUAUCCCAAGGCCGGGCCCAAGGUGCUCGAGGAGCCCAACCUCGACCCUUUCUAUCUAGAACGCUCCCUGGCAGCGACACCGACGGGCGACUCUCGCGAUGCUAGAUACACCAAAGAUAACCACCAAUACUACUCGCUUCCUCUGCCCCAAAAAUCAUACCCAGCCGGCGAAACAUACGUGAAACGCUCAACAAUUGCCCAGCUGGAACACGAACACAGCUUGAGAUUCCACCGAUACACCUCCUCCACCUCCUCUGGAGAAGAGCGAAAGCCUCUGCAUAGCAAGCAGGACUCGUUCAGCUCCGUGCAAACAGACGGCACAACACCCGACCUUACCCCUAGCAGCUCUUUCUCUUCUGAUUACUCUACUCCGGUCUGCCCUGAAGCUGUGCUCAAGGCAACAGAGCAACUAUAUCAACACGCGCAAAACGCACAGAAAGAGCAUCAGUCUCGCUACUGUCUACCUGCUCCUACUCCUACACCUCCUCAAUACGCUCCGCCGCCUAUCCCAGUGGCUACGGAUACUCGCUCUACUACUCCUGCUCCUCCAUCCUCCAGCCAUUCCACCAAAUCCUUCAACAUGCGGCGCGAGGAAUCUGCAGCUCCCUCCUCAUCUCGUCGGAGGAAGCCUCAUCCAACCCUACCUAACCUUUCUCGCGCUACGAGCUCUCAUAGCUCCCGCCGGAAGCAAUCCAGCCCUGGCACUAGGCCACCGCUGGACCCGUCCAUGAUCUCGCCGCCGUGUCUCUAUAACCCUGUCACCAUGGAGCCGCACGCAACGCACUUCGAUCAAGCUCUCUUCAUUCCUGCCAAUGACUGUCCCAGCCCGGUUCCCAGCCCAGUGACCAGCUCGCCUCCCAUCUCAAGACAGUGGACAGCUACAUCAAUGGAACGACCAUCAACAUCCACCAUGGACCCCUACUGCGAACAAUCCGUGUGGGAGUCCGACUCAGACACCGAGUCCAUUGGCCGCAAGUCUAUCUCUCGCAGAACCAACGCCACCCUGCGCAAGGUGCGCAGUCGUGCCAAACUGCGCACGGCCAAGUCACAUCCCAAGCUUCAAACUAGUGUCGACGACCAGGCACUAGAGAAGUUUCCGGUCAUGCCAGAUGAAUCCUUGGGCGAGCCAUUCUUCGAAAAUCUGCGAAGUGCCAGUUUCGACCGGCCUCGCCCCAACUUGAGCCGGGAGGCAGUUCCUCGUGGUCUGCAGACCCUACGUCUCGUUGCACCCUCUUCUACAUCCUUGCUUCGACCCCGGUCCCGGAAUGACAGCAAUGCCCGAGAGAGCGACCUCGACCACACAGCCGCGGCGGCAUUUCAGGCCAAGUUCCGCCGUCGCCAGCGCUCCGACUCGUCAUCGAUUCCAAGUACACCGUCAGUUAAAGAACAUUUGACUUCGCUCUGCUACGAGCAGACCUCCGUUGCGACCUUGACGGAGCCCACUGACGAGGACAAGUCGCAGCCUUUCUACCGGCGCGUGAUGGAAUCAAUACGAUCCCUCAACUGCCACCGACCAUUCGCCAGGUCAAGUUCAACAUCAAAUUAA